CUCUUUCCCGUCCUUCUCCUAGUACAUCUUUCUUUACAGAUAUAAUUUGUCAAGCCGCCAAAGUGGAGAGUGUCGUUGCACCAGGGGGUCCUUCUCGUUUCAGCGAGUUCCUGGGGAAAACCCCAGGUCCUGGCGUUCAGAGAUGGGUACCUUCUCGACGCAUUAGAAGAGAUGCAAACUCCUACAACGAGAAAGGGCAUAAGGAUGCAAUCUUCAGGAAAGUGAGAGGCAUACUUAAUAAGCUGACUCCUGAGAAGUUUGACAAACUAUGCCUGGAGCUCCUCAAUGUUGGCAUAGAGUCAAAACUUGUCUUGAAAGGAAUCAUCUUGUUGAUUGUUGACAAAGCCCUUGAAGAGCCCAAGUAUAGCCAGUUAUACGCUCAGCUAUGUCUACGCUUGGCAGAGGAUGCACCAAACUUUGAAGAGCCAUCAUCAGAAAAUCCAACAACACAAAAGCAGAAUACUACCUUCAGACGGCUUCUGAUUUCUAAGCUUCAAGAUGAGUUUGAGAACCGUGCCAGAAAUGUUGAACUCUUCGACAAAGAUGACGGCCCACUCACCUCUGACGAGGAGGAGCAGCGUGCUAUUGCAAAGAUCAAGAUGCUUGGCAACAUCAAAUUCAUCGGUGAACUUGGCAAACUCAACCUCAUCCACGAAUCUAUCCUUCAUAAGUGCAUCAAAACACUGUUGGAUAAGAAGAAGAGAGUCCAACUCAAGGAUAUGGGUGAAGAUUUGGAAUGCCUCUGUCAGAUAAUGAAAACAGUGGGACCUAAACUUGAUCAUGCAAAGGCCAGGUCUUUGAUGGAUCAGUACUUUGGCCGCAUGCAGUCCUUAACGAUCAACAAGGAGCUGCCAGCAAGGAUUCGUUUCCUGCUGCAGAAUACAGUGGAGCUGCGUGCGAACCACUGGUCGCCACGUAAAGCUCACGUUGACAACGGACCGAAAACGAUCAACCAGGUUCGUCAGGAUGCAGUCAAGGAUUUAGGUGUUUUUAUUCCACCUUCAUCUGAUGCAAUGAGAAAUGACUUCUUCAUGGAGAACUCCUAUCUGCCAACAAAGAUCAAGUUUGACAGGGAACCUCUUGGUGGACUGGCUGAUAUGUUUGGACAGAUGCCUGGAAUCAGCAUAGGUACAGGUCCAGGGGUCAUUCAGGACCACUAUUCCCCAACCAUGGGACGUCAUCGCACAACCCCGCACUACAAUGGCCAUGCUGUAAACGGCAACAGUUCACACCAGCCUCAGUUUGAAGCAGGAAGCAAACCAUACAUAAAACCAAGCCAGGGGCAGAAUUCACCAGUUUUCAGCCAUAAACAGAAUCACACCGCGCAGCUGCAGAUGCAGUCUAAGGAUAUGGCUCCACGUUUCAGCAAGAAGGGGAAGCUCAAUGCUGAUGAGGUCAGUCUGAGGCCAGCACAGUCCUUCAUCUUGAAUAAAAAACAAGUGCAGAAGCCACCAAUGACUAUGAUUCCUGCCCAAGGUUCACCACUAGGACAGUCUCCACAGCUUGGCCUGAAAAUCAACCCUCCUCCUAUUCAGGAAAAACCUGCCAAGUCGACUAAGAAAGCCCCACCUACAAAGGAAGAGUUGCAGAAAAUGACCGAGACUUUGGUGGUAGAUUACCUGAACAGCAAGAACACCGAAGAGGCAGUGAAUGCUGUGAGGGAGAUGAGGGCUCCAAAGCACUUCUUGUCUGAGAUGCUGAACAAGAUUGUGGUGUAUUCCCUUGACCGUUCAGAUGAGGACAAGGAACAUGCAAGCACCCUGGUCCAUGCACUCUGCACAGAGGGCAUUGUCACUGGAGAAAACCUAAUGCAGGCUUUUUUGGGUGUUCUGGACCAGUGUCCCAAGAUUGAGGAAGAAAUCCCGCUGGUCAAGUCCUACCUGGCACAGUUUGCAGCUCGCGCCAUCAUUGUAGACCUGGUCAGCAUCACCGAUUUGGCCCACCCGCUGGAGAAUGGUGCACAUUUUCCACUGUUCCUGCUCUGUCUGCAGCAGCUGGUCAAACUGAAGGAUCGUGAGUGGCUGGGUGAUCUGUUCCAGCAGAGCAAGGUCAACAUGCUGAAGAUGCUACCUGAAUGCGACCAGAACAAAGACAGAAUGCUGGAGAUUCUUGAGGGGAAAGGUCUCAGCUUUUUGUUCCCACUCAUGAAACUGGAGAAGGAGCUGCUGAAGCAGAUCAAAGUAGAUCCCUCUCCACAGUCCAUCUACAAGUGGAUCAAAGACAACAUCUCCCCUAAACUCCACACUGACAAGGGCUUUGUCAACAUCCUCAUGACAAGUUUCCUGCAGUACAUUGCUUAUGAGAUCAACCCUGACGAUGAUGAAGAGCAGCAUUCAUCCCCCAGUAAAGAGCAGCUGGAUGAGGAGAAGCAACUCCUGCUGUCUUUCAAGCCGGUGAUGCAGAAGUUUCUGCACGAUCACAUCGACCUGCAAGUCAGUGCCAUGUACGCCCUGCAGGUCCACUGCAACGCGAAGGGUUUCCCCAAAGGCAUGUUGCUUCGCUACUUUGUGAACUUUUAUGACAUGGAAAUAAUCGAAGAAGAAGGCUUCCUUUCUUGGAAAGAAGAUGUCAACCAAGAGUAUCCAGGGAAGGGGAAAGCAUUAUUUCAGGUGAACCAGUGGCUGACCUGGCUGGAGACUGCAGAGGAAGAGGAGUCUGAAGAUGAAGAUUACUGAGGAACAGGCCAAAGCCAUGUGUUAUCAGGAUGCAAUGAAAGAUUUAUUUUUUACUUCAUACAAUUUUCUUCUUUUUUUGUCUUCAUGCCCUUCCCUCAACUCCUCCCCUCUAGUCUUGUUUAUCCCCUCCAACCACUGUUACAAUUCAUUCUGCUAUGUUUAACCAGAUCAAGCCAGCCUCACUACCAUCUUAUUGUAUUUAUGCUUUUCUCUCUGAUUUUCAAUCUCCUUUGAUGUCCUAUAGCAGAUGUUUUAAUACAUUUCAAUCAUCGUGGGUAAUGUUUUUUUUCUUUUUAACAGUAGGUAAUGUGCAGGAAACCACCAGCACCAGAACCUGACCCAUUUAUCACCUUUUACAUGUGGUCAGUCACCAAGUGCUGCCAUAACUAUUAACUUAAACUGUUUACAAAAGAGAAAAGCCUCCAUCAAAGCAGAGUCUUUUCUCAUUUUUAUCUGCUUUUGUUAAUCAGUUUUUAGAUGCACUUUGCUCAACAUCAUGAGUCGUUGCAAUAGUAAAAUACACUCUUUGAUUUCUAGAAACAAUCCUAAGUUGCAGUUUUCAGCUGCUUUGAUUUAAUAAUGGUUUCCUUGUGCUUGACAGCUGACCAUUUUGUCUGAGAAUUCAUAACAAUCUGGAUUUGAUAUCUAACAGCAGUGGUUUUUGUUUGUGCAGUGUGAUUCCAGUAACCCAUUUUUUAACAAAUCAAGAGCUUUUUUUUUUUUUUUUUUAAGUGUACAAAACGCUUGUGCUGUUAGGAAUGAAUCUGCGUGGCCUUUUUUUUUUUUUUUAAUUUAUCAAUUCAUAUGGAUAUACCUCUAAUGUAUCUCGGACUAUACUUGAAUGUCUCGAUUUUAACUUUGAGACAGCCAAAGCUUAGUUUCCUGUGCUACAGUCGUUCACCACCAUGUGUGGAAAAUUUUACGUCGGUUUGCCAUAUUUGUCAAGUUUUUAAAUGGUCUUUUUAUCUUCAUGAAAUUAUAAAGAAUGCACUGUGUGUACACUUAAACCUUCUUUCAGAGUGUCAGCACAAGAAGUUGAGUGUACAACUACAGAUCAACCUUGAAUAAAGUUUAACAAUUCAUUUUG